AUGUUACGAUUAUCACAAAAUCUAUCGUUAUUAUGGUUGCUAUGGCUCUUAUUUUAUAAUUAUUAUUGUCAUGGCAACAAUCAUAAAAAAUCUUUUAUGAAAAAUGAAUAUUUUCAUGAAUUAAAUCAUGAUCUAUAUACUGAAUCAUUUAAUUCAAUGAAUCAUUUAUUUCACAAAAAUGUAUAUAGAAAUUUAAAAUUACCUCAAAGUAAAACAUCAUGUACAAAUGAUAUACUUAAUAUUAUAUUGGGUAUAUAUCAAAAGAAAAGUUGGGCAUUACAAUGGUUAGAUGCUACAACACAUCCUCCAUCAGGAAUUCUAGGUGGUGCUGUACAUUGGGUGGGAAGUUAUGAUGUAUGCCUUAAAUGUUUAGGAUAUCAUUCAAUUGAAAAUGAAGAACCGAAAUUUCAUGGAUCAUAUUGUACUAUGGUAUUUAAUAUGAAUACUUCUAUAUCAAUUAUUCCGGAAUUAAGAAUGUCCAUUGGAUUAUGUAUGCCUAAUACUUGCACUAGUGAAGAGGUUAGAAGUAUUAUCAAUACAACUGCGUAUUAUCUCUUACUUCAAUUGAAUCAAAAGGAAAGUUUUUGUCAUCGACUUGUUGGUGAUGUUCAAAAAGACACAUGGUAUUACAUAGCUAUAUCAUUAUGUUCAGUAUUAACUAUCCUUGUGAUAAUUGCCACAAGUAUAGAUAUGUUUUUAUACAUUAAAUGGUAUCAUAUACAACAUUUAAACAAGUAUAUUACUGGAAUAAAUCAUAUCUCCGAAAGAAACUCAAUUGAAAAUGUAAAUCAUAUUGAAGAACAAACAUAUCGUUUAUUAGAAUCAGAUGAUAUUAUCCAUAAUGAUCAAGAACUGGAAAGUGUGAGGAUAAUUGAUGCGAAAUACUUGACAACAUUCAAUGAAUAUAGAAAAAGUAUUUUGGAAAAACGUAUUCUCACCAAGAUACUAUGUGCUUAUUCAUUACCAAUCAAUACAAUGAAAUUAUGUGCAAAAAGAAAUGAAGAUAAUAAAUCUAAUGGAACACAUAAUAUCUCAUUAACAUUUUUUGAUGGUAUUCGAUGUAUUUCAAUGGUCUGGAUUAUUGGAGCACAUAUACUACUGCAUGGUUAUAAGUUGACAAAUAAUUUAUUGAUAUUAGCUGGUGAAUUUCGACGUAUUUGGCUAUUCGGAAUGUAUUUCAAUGGACAUUUAGCUCCAGAUAUCUUCUUUUUAUGUCGGGUUUAUUAA